CCUGGUUCCAUCUCAAGGUCCUGUGUGGGGCUCUGUGCUGGCUAUUUGUGUACAGUUCUGGAGAUGACAUGGGCAAGGAGGGUGAGCAGCCAAGAUCCCAGAGGGGUUUUGGGUUGGUGUGAUUGAAGGAAGAGGCCCGGGUAAUGGAAGCUUGAGGAAGUGACCUCACUUCCUUGGAGACAGACCCCAACAGAACUUAGCACACUGGUCUCCAGGCGCCCACAUUCUAAGACAAAGUGUCCUACGGAGCUCACUUGAGUGGAGACGUUCAAGACAGCAGGAUGCUCUGCUGUUGUCUCCCGACUUGUCGAGGCCGUGGCUUCAGGAAAGCCAAGAAACAGAGCCUUUUCAGUUGCUACACACAUUGGCUUGGCCCUCACCUGCACCGCCUCUGGCCAUUUGGCAGGAGGAGCCCUCAGAGCUGCACGCAGGAGGUGGUGGAAGAGCUGGCGGAUGGCUUCGGGUACUCCAUCUCCCUGGACAGGGGCCAACUGCACCGCACCAUCAUCAAUAACCAGGGCUGCUCUGAGAGUGAAGAUGAGUCCACUCUGUCUGUCACUGAGGCCUGCAGGAUGCGUGCCCUCCAGGCAGGCAUGAUGCAGAGGCUCGCAGAGUCUGUGCUGCCAGCCUUCCCCAGCAGAGUCCUCUGCAGUGUCAUCACCUACCUCUGCAGCUACUCAGGCUCCAGCACAGCCCACCAGCUGCUGGACCAGCUGUUUCCCAGGUGACUGCCCACCUCCUCCUCAGCACAGUGGUGACUCUGCCCACUGCCAGCUGUGUGUCUUGCCUUGGGAAUGUCACCGCAUCUCUCUGAGCCUGAGUUGGCUCCUC